AUGUCGUCCAGUGGUACUCAGUCCGGCCCCAAGACCACCUCUAAAAAGACCACCAAGCUUCUAUCGACUCUGAAGAACGUGGUUCGUGUAACCUUCUACAAGAAGUCUGAGGACAAGAAGGAGGACACGAUUGAAGAGCGCUUCAGCAGGCACGAGCAACACUCUAUGCAAGUUGAGCAUUCCAGGCAAGUUGAGCGUCCCAAGUACGAGCACCAACCCUGGUCGUACAAGCAGCCAGAAUCUCCCGACAUCGGACCAUCUCAGGAGGAGUAUGAUGAGGAAGAUUGGGAUUAUGCUUGCCAUGGAGUCUUGGACGAUUCUCUACCAUUGGAGAGCCCGCGUCCGAAACAUCCUGGCAAGCAUGGCAUACUCGACGGCGACGACGAGGCCAUGGCACCGGGACACUAUGAUCAGACAGGUUGGGGUUAUGCCGAACUAGUAGGCUUAGACGAUUUUGUACCCCUGGAGAGCCCGACUCCAAGUCCUGCCGGCAAUCCUAGCAUGGCCGAGGCCACUGCACAGGAGAGGUAUGUUGAGGACGAUUGGAUCAAGGCUUAUUUCGACAAAGAAGACUCAACCGAUUAG